AUGGCACCAAAUAUAUCAAUGAAGAAAAAAAGCAACAAGAAAUGUGCACCACUUUUUUCAUCUUCUAUACAAUCACUUCCGAGAGAUUUAUUACUUGACAUGAUUAUAAAUGUAACAUCUCAAUCUUUUGUUGAUCUUUACAACAUGAAAUUGUGUUGUCGAGAUUUUCUUGAAGUCGCGGAAGAAAACUACGUCUUUCAAAAGGUUUCUCUGAAUCAAUUCCCAUUAAUUCAAUGGUUUCCUAACAAAAAAGCAUUAUCGUUUUUAAAACGUUGCAAGGAAAGUGGAAAUAUUGAAAGUUUGUUUAGAGAAGGAUUGUGUGAAUACUUUAGUUAUCCGAAUGGAAAUAUCGAUGGUCUUGAGAUGCUAAAAAUAGCCACUCAAAAGGGUCAUAAGGAAGCGACAUACAUGUACGGUAUGAUCUUGUUGUGUUCUGAAGACUACGAAUUAAGAAAACAAGGAUUCGUGCAUAUGCGUUCUUUGAGGAUGUCAAAAUGUAUUAUGAGUUCAAGAAAAAAGGUUCAAUGUUUAGCAAAUUGUUUAUGGAAAAACAAUGGAGUAUUGUCACGCAAUCAAAUUCCUCUAUGCAACUCCAAGGACACUUGCAAGGGAUGGAGAGUGAAGAAUGGUAGAUGGUUAUUAUUUGACGACGAAGAUGAUGACAUUGAAUCGUGUGAAGCUUGUAGAUGGGAUCAUGAAUUAGAAUUCUUUUAUAACUUAUUUAAUGUUUAG